AAAUAACAUAAUGCAUUUUAAUAAGUAGCAAUAUGAGUAGACUUAUGGCAAGUGGGGGUUAUUCUUGAUAAUUGUGACAUGUGUGAAUAUAAAGUUCCAGUAAAUAUACCCCGUUGUUACUAUAAAUGGACAGGACGGGAGAGGUCUAUUUGGAAGAGACUACUUGUGACAAAGAGGGGCGGUUUUUGUCCCACUCACCCAAGUGCAGUUUGAAUGCAGCCCGCUUGGAGCUCGCUGUAAUAAACCUCGCAGAAUACUCAAAGUCAGUUGCGUCAAACGGUGUAACGGAUAAAAGCAGCGAUUUAUGACGUUGUGAAAGGGAGGCUACUGCGACUACCCCCCGACCCCCGCCGCCGCCAUGACUAUGGUACAGCCCCAAUCGCAGGGCGGGGAGCAAUGUGGGAGAAGAGCACAGAUUCCGUAUAACGGAGAAACACUGAACGGGAAACGGGCGACAAACAUGACGCCAAACUGCCCUUUCCACCUUGAAAGUACACCAACAACCUUCCUUCAUAGCGAGAAGGGCACGCCGACGUGCCAAGGAGGACAUUAAGUGAAGGAGACGAGAGCCGAAGCGGAGGAAAGAGGAGGCUCGCCAAGGAGCCAUUCUGGGCAUCUUGACAACAAACUCAGGAACUUGACUGCAUUUGGUGGACUUGAAGGCGAGUUUGGGAUUCUUGGAGACGUCGCGUUUGCUUGUGAUAUUACCUCAAGAGGCUUGCAUCUUCGUGGAGUUAUUGCCCUGGCGACAAAUUGGAAACAACGCAGGACAUGUAACCCAAAUACUGUCAUCCUCCUCUGUGGAUCACACCUCGUCCGUUCCAGUGUGGAUAUUCUCUGUAUGGAACUUUUCUUGGAACUCUGCUUAUCUUGUUGUUUAUCGUGCAAGCAGACCUUAUUGUUGGGGGGUUUCUUUAUUCUCUGGUGGUAUUGAGAGGCUUAUUUUGACUGAGGUUAGCCACGUCCCUGUGUGGCCAGGUGCACAAAAGACUGCUGGUGUGACAUUGCUAAUCUUUUGAGAUAUAGCCUCUGUCUCCACACUAGUCCUACACUGACCGGUGCCCAGGCCCCCAGGAAGCAUCUGGACCUAUUUUUAACAGGAGGGAUGGGGUAAAAGCAGAAAGCUAGAAAUUCAACUCCCCUCCUUGUCGUCCACCCCUUCCAUCCGCCCACCUAGCAGCAUGCCGGGUGGGCUUUGUUCCAGUGACUUGCAACUAGUUCUACAAGACGACUGAGAGGAAGUCAAAAAGUCGGACUCGUUAGUGUGAGCAGCUUGUCCUGGAUGUUGUUGCUGAAGGCUGCACUGGACUAAACAAACCAUUGUUGAGUACACGUAAAGUAUGGGGUUAACGCUACCCUGGACAAAGUUCACGCGCCAUUGAGAUCCUUGACAGUGAGUUAGACGGACCUGCUUUCGUCUACUGAAAAUAAAGGUCACCAGCAAUCUGGAGCACUUCAAACCUCCAUCUCAAAGAAACGAUGAACCAAAAAUUCUAUUCACCUCCUUUCCCCCACCACAAUGGAACAGAAUCUAAAUAGAAUGAGAGCUCUAUAUCUAUAGUGUAACUCCUAACGUUCUUUAUAUUUUUACUGAAGAUAUACAAGCUGCCUGUACACCAGUUGGUUGCCUUAGAAACAACACUAACAAGGAAAACAAGCUAGAGAAGACGGUGCCUUUUGAUUGGAUCGCUCGUUUCCCACCUUUUUCCAGACUGACCGAGUCACUCGGGGAAACUGUCGGAGCAAACUCUGGGAUCGAACACACACCUCAUGAAGGUUACCUAAGCCCCCCCGCCCACUCCAACCACACAACCGCAGAGGUUGCCCCGCCUGCGAAAUUAUUUGAUUGAUUUGGGUUUCCCUUCUGGGUUGACCGUUUUGCCAAGCGUUUCCAUGGUGAUCACAUCAUCAUCUGUGGAGGACAAGACUGUGCCCCCUUGCAGGAUGGUCCAAUCACAACCCUGGAUCACCUCUGCCCUGCAUCGCGACAAUAAAAGUGUAAGCAGCUCAGGAUGUCCGCCCACCUCCUCCUCCUCCUCCUCUUCCUCCUCCUCCUCCUCUACUGCCCAGGGCUUCUCCCUCGCUGAGCCAGCCAUGACCAGCCAGCACACGCAUACGCACCCCUCCUUCAGCUCCAUCCACUCCAUGGCCGAGCAGCAGCAGGUGCUGUCUGAUAUGACCAUACUCCAGCGGAGGAUCCCCCCUAGUUUCAGAGACCCUGCCACUGCCCCACUGAGGAAACUCUCUGUAGACCUCAUCAAAACCUACAAGCACAUCAAUGAGGUGUAUUACACUAAGAAGAAGCGGCGGGCCCAGCAGGUCCCUCCUGAAGACAGCAGUACUAAGAAGGAGAGGAAAGUCUACAACGAUGGCUAUGACGACGACAAUUAUGAUUACAUCGUCAAAAAUGGAGAAAAGUGGCUGGACCGCUACGAGAUCGACUCCUUGAUUGGGAAGGGCUCUUUUGGACAGGUGGUGAAGGCCUACGACCACCACGAGCAGGAAUGGGUCGCCAUCAAGAUCAUCAAGAACAAAAAGGCAUUUCUCAACCAGGCACAGAUUGAACUUCGCCUGCUGGAGCUCAUGAACAAGCAUGACACCGAGAUGAAAUAUUACAUAGUCCACCUGAAGCGUCACUUUAUGUUUAGGAAUCACCUGUGUUUGGUGUUUGAGUUGUUGAGCUACAAUCUGUAUGAUCUGCUGAGGAACACCAACUUCAGAGGAGUCUCCCUCAAUCUCACACGGAAAUUUGCACAGCAGCUCUGUACAGCAUUAUUAUUCCUAGCCACUCCAGAACUGUCAAUCAUCCACUGCGACCUAAAACCGGAGAACAUCCUGCUGUGUAACCCCAAGAGAUCCGCCAUCAAGAUAGUUGACUUUGGAUCCUCCUGCCAGCUUGGACAGAGGAUCUAUCAGUAUAUCCAGAGCAGGUUUUACCGCUCCCCCGAGGUUCUUUUGGGAAUGCCAUAUGACCUCGCCAUCGACAUGUGGUCUCUAGGAUGCAUCCUGGUGGAGAUGCACACAGGAGAACCUCUCUUCAGUGGCUCCAACGAGGUUGACCAAAUGAACAAGAUUGUUGAAGUGCUGGGGGUCCCUCCCAGUCACAUGCUAGAUGCAGCUCCUAAAGCCAGGAAGUAUUUUGACAAGCUGUCAGACGGGCUGUGGACAGUGAAGAAGAACAAGGACAUCAAGAAGGAGUACAAGCCCCCGGCCACGCGGCGUCUUCACGAGAUCCUGGGUGUGGAGACCGGGGGUCCUGGCGGGCGGAGAGCAGGGGAGCCGGGACACGCCCCUUGUGACUACCUGAAGUUUAAAGAUCUUAUCCUGCGCAUGCUGGACUACGACCCCAAAAGCCGCAUCACGCCAUUCUACGCCCUGCAGCACAACUUCUUCAAGAAGACCACAGAUGAAGGAACCAACACCAGUUCGUCCACAUCCACCUCCCCCGCCAUGGACCACUCCCACUCAACCUCCACCACGAGCUCUGUUUCCAGCUCCGGUGGCUCCAGUGGUUCCUCCAAUGACAACCGCAACUAUCGCUACAGUAACCGCUAUUACAACUCUGCUGUGACGCAUUCAGACUAUGAGAUGACCAGCCCUCAGCAGAUGAGGAUGUGGCCAGGCAGUGAUGGUGGAGGUGGGGGUCAGGACCCAGCAUACACCCAGUUGCUGCUCCACAAGCCGGCCGCCUCCCAACAGCACCAGCGCCACUUCCUGGAACAGCCCCAUCACCCCCACCCGACCUACUCCCACCACGGGAACGGCGGGCGCGGCCUACGACAGGGCGGACAGACCGGCAUCGGUGGCAGCGGCGGCGGCGGCGGGGGAGGAGGCCAGCAGGGGUCCUCACCCCAGAUGAGUGACAGCAUGGAUGUGGGCGUGUCCCUAGGGCUGCACCACCUGGGGGCGGUGUCUUCCAUGGAGGCGUCUCAGUUUGGCUCCGCCUCCCUACCCCUCGCCCUGCCAAUCGGACUGUCUGCCUUCCGGACUCGGACGGCCCCCACCGCCCCGGGGCCGCAAGCCCCGCCCCCCGAGGACUACUACCCAGCCUCCAACAACAAUAACCCAGCUGCAGGGGGCAGAGGGAGGCCGGACUCAGACGAGGGACCGGCCAACUCUUGAUAAAACCUGAACCGUGCCCUAAAGCCAUACAAUUUUAACUCCAACUACUCCGAGUACACACACCACAGUCACGCUGAGAGACAAACAUAUGAACUUUGUGCUGAAGGAGACAGUCUGUACUGCAUGAGGGGAGGAGGAGCGAGGAGGAGGAUGCCGGGAAAACUCCUUUCAUCCCGUUUUACUUUUCUGUCUUUGUCAUUUGAAACGGAAUGACUGUGACGAGUUUGUUUUUAUGACUAUGAUUUGUUUGUUCUUUUAAUAUGAUUUGAUUUUCUUUCUGUGGUUUGAGGAGUUUGUGUGUUCUGUUGGGUUGUUUGAGCCUGGAGAGGAGGAGGAGGAGGAGGAAGAGGAGGAUACGUUUCAGAAGGAGAGCGCACGUUUGCGUUUACAAAUUGCAGUCAUGACUACACGUGGUCAUUUGCAGCAUUUACACUCCUCGUAUGAACGUGUGGGACGCAGGACUCCCGUGUGGUGUGUUCUUCUCUUUUUGACUGGGGGCCCUCCUUCCCUCCCUCCCUCUCUGAAGGCUGCAGGGAGCGAGAGAAGGAGGCAAGAGAAGGCGUCGGGACACGGACGCCUCCCUGGCGCUCACGGGGAUCUUCUCCUCGUCCUCUCCGUCUUCCUCCUCCUGUUGUUUCUCCUCCAGACAGCUCUUCCUCUCUGUGCUGCUAAUCACCAUGACAACUUGUCCGGAUUGCUGCUAAAGAUCCAACACAGAUCAAUAAAGAAAUGAAAAAGAAAAGAGAGAGAAAGUUAAAAACUUUUUAACCCUUCUGCUUAAGAGAAAGGAUGAAGUAAGAACCACUGCAUCUCAAUGUAUUUAUUACUAUUUAACAAGAAAAAACAAACUGAAAGUAACCCUUUUUUCUGCUCUUCUUUGUUUGGUUGCCUUCUUUCUGCAGGUGAGCUCUGACUGGCUAUUGUAACAGUGACAGGAACCAGUGACAUGGGAGUGUCGCUGGUUGGG